CUGCGGCUAAUUACCGGAAUACCCUGAUUUACUUUCCUAUAUUUACCACCGUCACUUCCGUCUCUGUAUAUUUCAUUUCUUUCACAGAUCAAAUCUACAAACUUUGCUCUUUUCAGGUGGCAAGGAAAACUACAAUGGAGAAGAUGGAUUUGAUGGAUUCUUUUUCUGCUGCUGCUGCUUCUGGUUCGUCUUCAUCGGCUUUGAAUUUGUCUUUUUGUACUAGCAGUAGAACAUUUGAGGUAGAAAUUUACUGUUCUGAUUUGGGUAUGUGGAAUUCCUUUGAAGUUACAAGCUCUGAGGAAAUCACCUGGGAUGGGAUGCAAUGCAAGGAUAUUGUUACCCAUAAUGGUAUCUCUUGCUGGAUUGUUGAAGGAAAUCGAGUAGUAGCAUAUGAUCCCAAUACUGAGAAUCACGAAAUAAAAGACUCUCACCAGUGCAGGUUGAUCGAUUUGCCUGCAAUCAGUGGACCUAAUAGACACUUCGAAUGCUUUGGGGUGUCGGGAGGGCUACUCAGUUAUAGCAGAUGUCAUGACGGAAUGUUACAGAAUUGGGUAUUGGAUGAAGAAGAGUAUAAGAGAGGAUCAUGGGUUUGGAAGUUGGUUAACAGCUCCAACGUUACUGACAUCUUACUGGAUGAAGAUUGCCAGGAUGAGCGUGUCAGAAAACUAUUUUCUGCUGGUAAUAUGGUUUAUGACUUGGAACCGCUAGCAUUCAUUCCAGUGGAGCCGGAUACAAUGAUCUUGGGCUACGACGCUAAAUCCAUUUUUGCUUACAGCAUCAAAACCAGAAUACUCAGGGUUGUCACCGGUGAAUAUAUACAAUGGGUCUCCCCAUUUGUGGUUGCACCAUGGCCGAGGGAUGUUUGAUUAUCUUUGCUUGCCUGGGUUUCUUUGUUGAAAUUACAUUUGUCAGAAUCUUGCAUAUUUCCUUUUACAAGAUGAGUUUGGCCUGUGCAUCUAUUUAAGGUAGAACUUAAUGACUGUUGUCUUUUGUAUCUUGUUUCCUUUUGAAAUAGCAACUUUUACUUAUCAAUGAAAUGGGUCUCCAAUAUUAUUAGUUU